AUGAGACUCCAUGGGAGGCCGUACAUCAGAAACUGUGUGAAGGUGAAGGGUCGUCCCUCAUCUCUAUUUGAUUUAAUGGAGCGUAUAGUGGAGGACGGGGUCGACAUAUUCCUAUCACCGGUCACUUCGAGUGCUUAUUUCGAUUACACCAACAAAAUCGGCCAAAUUAACGCCAACUACUCGUUUAAAUACACCAAUAAUAUGGGCUAUUUGGAGGUGGGCACAUUUAUAGCCAGGACAACUAUCGGUGCCGCGCCAUUCCUCACAUACUUCCGGUGCUUUCAGCUAAAC